AUGACCAAGUGCAUCGUCAAAGGAUGUGCAAACACCACCAGCAAGAACAGCGGAUUCAAGCUGCAUGGCUUCCCCAACUCCCUGACGGCAAUAAAAUGUUGGCUUAAGCAAAUCGGAAACGAGAUCGGCGACAUUGACGCCCUUGCACAGCACAUUCUGGAUUCAAGAAAACGUUGGAUUUUUUGCAUUUGUUCUGCUCCCUUUUCACCCCUGUGUUACAUUUGGGAUGGUAAAAAAUUAAUUCUGAGAGGAGAUGCCGUCCCCACUAUAUUCCCUGGGACAAAAUCCAGAGCAGUCGUUGCGGCAACAGGCGACAUUAAUGCCAGUCAUUUACCAGCCAAGAAAAUCAAAGUGGAUUCUCUUCCAAAACUUCUUUCACCUGCACAGGGACUGACCAGCAUUGACACCGAAAGGGGACAGUGCAGGAAAUGCUGCCAUCCAGUACACAUCACGAAAGAUGCAUACACGUCAACACACAAGAAAAUGGUCAAUACGUCUUCAGAUCCGCCAUGUAAUCGACGUGACAGAGGAGUGCAGUGGCCAGAGUUCGAGUUUAACUUUGAUGGUGAGCUGUGGAAGGUGCAACUUGACCACUUCUACCCUAGCACAAGCUCGAUCCAAGCAAAGGCCAUAAAGAAAUGCAAAACAUCUGCCCAAAGUCAUGAGCAUCCUUAUGCAUCUGGCACCAUAACGUCUCCAAACCACAUAUAUAACCCCCAGCCCUACUGA